GCCGCUGCUCACGCUGCCAAUGGCCUUCCCCCUGGAGAGACAGUUCAGGAGUCGAUGCUACGCCAAGAUCCCCCAGAAAACUGCCAAGCUCAACCUCCUCAUGGGACUCUUCUACGUUUUCGGGAUCAUCCUGGCUCCUCGUGGCAGCUUGCCGUUACUGUGAUUCUUCACAUCUGACUUAUCAACCUUUUUUUUAUUAUUAUUUACUAGCUUACAGUACCUCUUUUUAUUUGUAAAAAAAUAUAUAUCAAAAGGCUUGUGCUGGCUUUAAUUUAUUCUCUAAUUUAUAAGCUCAAAUGUUAGCUGGCAAAACAAAGCAGGGUACAUUGCCGAACUAAACCACCUACAGCCUGUUAAAAGGAAGACGAGUGUCCAUCGUGUUGAAUGGGCCAAGCUGUCGGAUUUGUAGUUCUUAAAGAUAAAAUACACGUUAUCAGCACAAACCUAAUAACAUUAAGUUUUUUUUUUUUGUCUGAAUAGUACUCAUCGUUAAUUUGGUCCUUGUUGUUUUUUGUUUUUUCAAGAGGCAAAAAAAACAACUUUGAGCUCGUUGUAAUAAAAGUCACUUGUGCUGACCUGCCAUGUCUCCAUUUCUAGCCACAGGAUAGCUAGCAUGCUACGUUGAAAAGGGACAGCGGGAUUGUGAUGGUUUUGUUGUUGCAUAUUUCAUAGUAUGGACGGGGAUUAUGACCUGUGUACAGUGCUGUGAAAAAGUAUUCGCACCUCAUGCAUUUAUUCUGUUUAAGAGUUCUGUGUCACACACAAAUUUUUACAUAAACAGACACAGUAAAUAAAAAAAUGCUACUUUCAA